AAAGUGUGACUGUGGGAAGUGCAAAUGUGAUGAAGGCUGGUAUGGUGAAGCUUGUCAGUAUCCAACUACUUGCAAUCUUACACGGAAGAAAAGCAAUGAAAUGUGUAAGAAUUCUCAAGAUAUCAUCUGCUCUGGUGCAGGUACUUGUCAGUGUGGCAGGUGUAAAUGUGUAAACUCAGGAGGAAGUGGACUGGUCUACGGUAAAUUUUGUGAAUGUGACGACAGGGAAUGCAUAGAUGAUGAAACCGAAGAGAUUUGUACAGGCCAUGGGCAGUGUUACUGUGGAAACUGUUACUGUGAGGCUGGUUGGCAUGGAGAUAAAUGUGAAUUCCAGUGUGACAUCACCCCUUGGGAGAUCAAGAAAAGAUGCACAUCUCCAGAUGGCAAAAUCUGCAGUAAUAGAGGUCACGGACAGUGUAAUUGCGGGAAGUGUGACUGUAAAGAAGGAUGGACAGGGAAGAAGUGUGAACAUCCACGGUCUUGUCCAUUGUCAGCUGAGGAAAGUGCGAAGAAAUGCAAAGGAAAUUCUAAUUUACCUUGCUCUGGAAGAGGAAAAUGUGAAUGUGGCCAAUGCACUUGUUUCCCUCCAGGAGACAACAGAGUCUAUGGAAAAAACUGUGAAUGUGAUGAUCGGCAGUGUGAAAGUGUGGAUGGCAAUGUCUGUGGGGGCCACGGCAUCUGUUCAUGCGGCCGAUGUGUUUGCCAGGAAGGGUGGUUUGGAAAGUUGUGCCAGUAUUCAAGGAAGUGCAACAUGACAGAAGAGGAGAGCAGAAGUCUCUGCGAGUCUGCGGAUGGUGUGUUAUGCUCAGGAAAGGGUUCCUGCCACUGUGGAAAGUGCAUCUGUUCACCACAGGAAUGGUACAUUUCAGGUGAUUUCUGUGAAUGUGAUGACAGAGACUGCGACAAACACGAUGGUCUCAUUUGCACAGGUAAUGGUGUUUGUAACUGUGGAAACUGUGAGUGCUGGGAAGGAUGGAAUGGAAACGCUUGUGAAAUCUGGCUGGGAACAGAAUACCCUUAACAAAGGACACCAGAGACUGAGGGUUCUUUUAGUUUGAUUUUUCUUUAGGCUGCUAGAACAUUUAAUUUUGGAAGUACUCAGAGUGUGGGUGUGGGUGUGCAGAGUUGUAAAUACUCUGGAACUGCCAUGUGAAUGCCUGCUCCUUAGAGAAAUGAAUAGCAAAACAAAGCAAAACAAAAACAACAACAA